UCGCCGUAAGCCCUCACCUGGCUGACUGCAUGAGUUCGAGUAGAAGCUUCGAAGAGACAGAUGUACUUGCUAGAAAUCCUGUUGGAAUUCCGAAUGCUUGUGAUGAAUCAAAUCACAGUGCAAGUAUUUGUAAUGUGGAUGAAUGCACUCAUCAACUAGAAGUUGAUACCAACGAUCCUGUGAAUAUACUGUCUCCUCAUGUACAGUCUUUAUUUUCUGAUGGAUGGGAAAUAUGCACAGAUCUUUCUUCAGCUGCCUACAACCGCAAGAACCCGCUAGAAACAGCUUCGGUACAUAGGCAAUGUCCUUGUCUAUGCCAUUCAAAUGUCUCGCCUAAUAAGACCGCAAGUGUACCAAACAAAUCCGGGAAACCUGCAAAAGUGUAUAGUCUGGGUUUGAGACAUUGUAUUUCUUGCAGCCUAAGGGUGCACCGUGGGACACUUUAUGUUGAUGAAUGUAAUCUCCACCUACGUCCUGUGCAGAUAACUUGGCCACCUGGUUUUAAGCCCAAAACUCGCUUACCUACAGAUAUUCCAUCAAGUGAUGCCAUUUCGCCUCAGAACCAUCGUUUAACAACAACAAUGCAACAUGCAUCAAGUAUAUCCAAGUGUGUUGCUGCGAAUAAAUUAUCGAAUCACUGCACUCAACUACCAGAUAUGGCUGGUAGGCGUGUUUCAGUAGAAUAUGUCCAUGCAUUGAAAUCGAUCAAAUCAAUCAAUCAUGAAAUCAUCCAUUCAAAUAAUCAAGGUUAUGGUAAAGCUCUAGAAGCAGCCAAAAUCCAGUCACCGUGCGAUUUGACAGAUUUGGACCUAGGAUCAUUGACUGAACAUAACAUUUCACAGGAUGUACGCUCAAAAUUUGGUUAUUUAGAAAACCCAAUAAGCUGGACAUUGGAUGACGAGGCUGCUUGUUUUAACACAGAGGCUAUUGCCUCUCUAUCAGAUGACAACCAUGAAUGUGAAUCCUGUGAGUUUAGUAACAGUGAUACGGAUGACUGAACCCCCAGAAGAAGACAGGCAAUUACUAGAAAUUCACAAGACUAAGGUGUCGUUACAGUUCCAAAACGUUGUCAGUCCUGGCUGAAAUUUGGGAACUUAAACUGUAUGAUUUCUGCCCUCGACGGGACGCGGAUGAACUGGAGGCGCGUUUCAAGAGCCUGACGCGCACCACUAUAGGCAGAACUUACGGUCCUGAACUAUUUUAAACCUCUAGCACACUACAGUCACCAUCUGGAAGCGAUGAAUAGGUCAUUAUUACUAUUUAUUUCACAUUUCCUUUUAGUUACUUGACUUUUCUUGCUUUUAAAUCUUUGUUUUCUCCCCGUAUUCAUGAUUCAAAAUUACAUGUUUAUGCUAAUGACUUUUCACAAUACCAUGUAAUUUAUGUUGUUUGCAUAAAAUUUGAAUUCUGUUAUCAAAACAACUUCGAACUAUGGAUAACUUUGUGAAGUUUUAGCCUUAAAAUAAUUCAUAUAUGUUAUCUGAAGGGAAAUUCAAAAACAUAUUAGAGGUGUGUAAACAAUCUAUGUGUCAAUAUAUGUAUGAAACUUGAGCACUGUAGUAGUAAGUAAUUCCAUAUUAGUU